CAAGAAAAGAAAAGUGGCGAUGGAAACAAUGCAUUUUUAAUUCCUUACUUAUUGCACCAUGUGGUAAGAAACAAAACAAAGAAGAAAAAAAAGAACCUUUGUGAACGGAAAAACAGAGACACAUACAUUUAGUACUCAACAACAAACACACCCCAACUAUAAAUCUUCCUUAAUUUCUCCGUCCAAUUUUCCCAAAUAAAUUCACACUCUUUUUUCUUCAAUCCUUCAUUUCCAUUCUUCUCCUUCUUCUCUGAUCCAAUGGCAACCCUUUUCCAAGGAUUGGGAGCUGUUACCUCCAAUUCCUUUGAUUCCAACAAGCUACUCCUUUCUUCUCGUAGAUCCCUUAAAGAGAGGAAAGGAAGCAUUUUUGUUGUCAGAUCUGAUGCAAAGGUGAACAAGGCUCUGAAGAUUGGUGCAACUCGUAAGGGUGAAUUGUUGAUUCCUAAUGCAGUUGCAACACAGGAAAGUAGUUCUGCAACUUCUGCAGCAUCGAAACCUGGGCAUGAACUUCUCCUUUUUGAAGCCCUGCGUGAAGGAUUGGAAGAAGAAAUGGAAAGGGAUCCUUGUGUUUGUGUCAUGGGUGAAGAUGUAGGUCAUUAUGGAGGAUCUUACAAGGUGACUAGAAACCUAGCUGAAAAGUUUGGUGACCUCAGAGUUUUGGACACCCCUAUUGCUGAGAAUGCCUUCACUGGAAUGGGUAUUGGAGCUGCCAUGACUGGUCUGAGGCCAAUCAUCGAGGGCAUGAACAUGGGAUUUCUACUUCUCGCAUUUAACCAAAUCUCUAACAAUUGUGGAAUGCUGCAUUAUACGUCUGGAGGUCAGUUUAAAAUACCAGUUGUCAUUCGUGGGCCCGGUGGAGUUGGUCGGCAACUUGGAGCAGAACACUCGCAGCGUCUGGAGUCAUAUUUUCAAUCAAUCCCUGGCAUUCAGAUGGUGGCUUGUUCAACACCUUACAACGCCAAGGGCUUGAUGAAAGCUGCAAUUCGAAGCGACAACCCUGUGAUUCUUUUUGAGCAUGUUUUGCUUUAUAACCUUAAGGAAAGAAUUCCAGAUGAAGAGUAUGUACUGUCACUUGAAGAAGCUGAGAUGGUUAGGCCCGGGGAGCAUGUUACAAUAUUAACAUAUUCCAGGAUGAGGUAUCAUGUCAUGCAAGCUGCCAAGACAUUGGUGAACAAGGGGUAUGACCCUGAAGUGAUUGAUAUCAGGUCUUUGAAACCAUUUGAUCUUCACACAAUUGGGAAUUCAAUAAAGAAGACACAUCGGGUUCUCAUAGUGGAGGAGUGCAUGCGGACGGGUGGAAUUGGUGCUAGUUUAACAGCUGCCAUUACUGAAAAUUUCCAUGACUAUUUGGAUGCUCCUAUCAUAUGUUUAUCCUCUCAGGAUGUGCCGACUCCAUAUGCCGGAACAUUGGAGGAAUGGACAGUGGUCCAACCUGCUCAAAUUGUGACUGCAGUUGAGCAGCUCUGCCAGUGAUUACUGCGAAAACACACUUAAUUCGGUUAUCUUUUUGGAAACCUAGUUUGUUUGUUAAAUUAAACUAGAAUAUUCAACAUGAUAUUUUAUUUUCCUUUUUCUUUUGCUUCUGAAGUCUAAACCACCGCAACCUUACAUUGGUAUUUAAUUUAUGAUAUCGUUUGCAUUUUUUUAGAUUCAGGUGAGCCCUAGAAGUGGGCAAUAAUUUGAAUGGAUGUUGAAGUGGUCUGUUAUAGGCCUUUUUUUUGUUUUUAGUUUACUUGUAUUGUAAUGUAAUAGUUUGUUCUAAUGAAUUAGUAAUAUGUUCUAUCAAAUU